AUGGCCCCCACUGUCCGUGCAGCCCCCGUCAACAACAAAAAAGCCGUCUCUUUCGACUUGCCCGCCGAUCAUGCCUCGUCCUCGAGCGUGAACACCGAGUUGUCGUCGCUCGACUUGCUCCCCCACGCCGAUGGCGUCUUGCGCGAUGAGGCCUCGCUCGGUCUCCCCGCCGCUCAGGGUCUCUACAACCCCGAAAACGAGAAGGACUCGUGCGGUGUCGGAUUCGUCUGCCACAUCAAGGGUCAACCGUCACAUAAGAUUGUCUCGGAUGCCAAGGCCCUCCUCUGUGCGUUGUCUUUCGCCCUCCUUAGUGAGCCGCGCAGAAUGCUGACCUCGAGCUCACGACUGUCUUCUUCUCAUAGGCAACAUGACGCAUCGAGGUGCCACCGGUGCUGAUUCUCGCGAUGGUGAUGGUGCCGGAGUCAUGGUCGGUAUCCCCCACAACUUUUUCGUCCGCGAAGCCGAGCGCGAGCUCGGGGUCACGCUGCCCCACGAGGGCGAGUACGCCGUCGGCAACGUCUUCUUCAAGAAGGGCAACGACGAGCUUUUGGCCUCGCAAAAAGCGACGUUCGAGCAGAUCGCCGAGUCGGUCAACCUCCGCGUGCUCGGCUGGCGCCCCGUCCCGACCGACGGCUCGAUCCUCGGUCCCGCCGCGCUCUCGCGCGAGCCCCUGAUCUUGCAGCCCUUCGUCGUGCUCAGCACCUCGUACGGCUACGGCAACACCCCCGACCCGGACUCGACGUUCGACGAAAAGUACUUCGAGCGCCAGCUGUAUGUGCUCCGCAAGCACGCGACGCACACGCUCUUGCUCUCGAGCGGUUUUUACAUUUGCUCGCUCUCGCAAAAGAACGUCGUCUACAAGGGCCAGCUCGCGCCUGUGCAAGUCUACAAUUAUUACCACGACUUGAACCACGCGCUCUUUGCCUCGCACUUCUGCUUGGUCCAUUCGCGUUUCUCGACCAACACUUACCCUUCGUGGGACCGAGCCCAGCCGAUGCGAUGGGUCGCCCACAACGGUGAGAUCAACACCGUCCGCGGCAACAAGAACUGGAUGCGUGCUCGCGAGGGCAACUUGCAGUCGUCGCGCUUCGCCGACGAACUCGACUUGCUUUACCCGAUCAUCGAGACCGGUGGUUCCGACUCGGCCGCGUUCGACAACGUGCUCGAGCUCUUGACCGUCAACGCCGUUCUGACCUUGCCCGAGGCCGUGAUGAUGCUCGUCCCCGAGGCGUGGCAGAACAACACCGACAUGGAGAAGGAGAAGGUCGCCUUCUACCAAUGGGCGGCAUGCUUGAUGGAACCGUGGGACGGACCUGCGCUCUUCGCCUUCUCCGACGGGCGCUACUGCGGUGCCAACUUGGACCGCAAUGGUCUCCGCCCUUGCCGAUGGAUCACGACGUCCGACGACCUCAUGAUCUGCGGUUCCGAAGUCGGUACCAUCUACGUCGAACCCGAGAAGAUCACCCGUAAGGGUCGUCUCCAACCCGGAAAGAUGCUGCUCGUCGACACUGUCGAGGGCCGCAUCGUCGACGACAAGGAGCUUAAGAUGAAGACCGCGGCCAAGCAGCCUUUCGCCAACUGGAUCGAGUCGCAGAUGCUCAGCUUGCCCAACAUCAUCGCCCGCGAGCGAGCCAAGGGAGCUUCGCUCACGGGCGUCCUUGACGACUCGACCGUCUCGACCGAUCCGCGUUUGCUCGCGUUCGGUUACUCGUUCGAGCAGCUCGACCUCCUCUUGCGACCGCUCGUCAACGACGGCAAGGAAGCGCUUGGAUCGAUGGGCAACGAUGCCCCUUUGGCGUGCAUGGCCACGGCGCCGCGCGUCAUCUUUGACUACUUCCGCCAGCUCUUCGCUCAAGUUACGAACCCUCCCAUCGACCCCAUCCGAGAGUCGAUCGUCAUGUCGCUCGAGUGCUACGUCGGUGCCGAGGGCAACAUGCUUGAGAUGAACCCCAACCAGUGCCACCGAUUGUUGCUCCGUUCGCCCGUGCUCACGAUCGAGGAGGCCAACGCCCUCAAGCGCUUGGACACCGUCAACCCCGAGUGGCCCGCGCGCACGAUCGACAUCACCUUCGACAAGGCCGAGGGUCCCGCCGGAUACGAGGCAUGUCUCGACCGCAUUUGCGCCGAGGUCUCGAACGCGAUCGCCGAAAACAUCCGCGUCAUCGUCCUUUCGGAUCGCGCCGUCGGUCCUGAUCGCGUUGCCAUCUCAUCCGCCGUCGCGACCGGUGGUGUGCACCACCAUUUGGUCCGCAACAAGCAGCGUUCCAAGGUCGCGCUUAUUGUUGAGACUGGUGAGGCCCGUGAGGUGCACCAUAUCUGCGUGCUCGUCGGCUACGGUGCCGAUGGUAUCUGUCCUUACCUCGCGUACGAGGCGAUGCUCAAGCUCCGCCGCGAGGGCUUGCUCAAGAAGGACUUGACUGAAGGCCAAGUCAUCAAGAACUACCUCUACGCCACCAACAACGGUAUUCUCAAGGUCAUGUCCAAGAUGGGUAUCUCGACCCUGCAGUCGUACAAGGGUGCGCAGAUCUUCGAGGCGCUCGGUUUGGCCGAGGAGGUCGUCGACCGUUGCUUCGUCGGCACCGCUUCGCGUGUCGCCGGUUCGACCUUCGAGCUGCUCGCCAUGGACGCGCUCGAGAUCCACGAGCGUGGUUACCCUUCACGAGAGACCGUUUUGCCCCCCGGCUUGCCCGAGACGGGUGAGUACCACUGGCGCGACGGAGGAGAGCCCCACAUCAACGACCCCACCGGUAUCGCCGAGCUCCAGAAUGCCGUUCGCCAAAAGAACCAGUCGUCGUACGACGCCUACGCCGCGAACGCUCGUCGCCAAGUCCGUGCCGUCACCUUGCGAGGUCUGCUCGACUUUGAUUUUGUCAAGGCGACGCCGAUCCCGAUCGAGCAGGUCGAGCCGUGGCACGAGAUCGUGCGCCGUUUCGCGACCGGUGCCAUGUCGUACGGUUCCAUCUCAAUGGAGGCCCACUCGGCCUUGGCCAUUGCGAUGAACCGCAUCGGCGGCAAGUCCAACACUGGUGAAGGUGGAGAGGACGCCGAACGAUCGGACCUCUUGCCCAACGGCGAUACGAUGCGAUCGUCGAUCAAGCAAAUUGCGUCGGGACGUGAGUAGAUUGUUUCUCUAUGAAGAUGCGAUGUUUCGUUUCAUGAGAUACUGACGGCGGAGGUUUUUUCGUUGGUUGCUACAGGUUUCGGUGUGACCUCGAACUACCUCGCCGAUGCCGACGAGUUGCAAAUCAAGAUGGCCCAAGGUGCCAAGCCCGGAGAAGGUGGUGAAUUGCCCGGCCACAAGGUGUCCAAGUCGAUCGCACGCACGCGUCACUCGACCCCGGGUGUCGGUCUCAUCUCGCCUCCCCCUCACCACGACAUUUACUCGAUCGAGGAUCUCAAGCAAUUGAUUUACGACCUCAAGUGCUCGAACCCGCGCUCGCGCAUCUCGGUCAAACUCGUGUCCGAGGUCGGUGUCGGAGUCGUCGCUUCCGGUGUUGCCAAGGCCAAGGCCGACCACAUCCUCAUCUCUGGCCACGAUGGUGGAACGGGUGCUUCGCGAUGGACCGGUAUCAAGUACGCCGGACUCCCUUGGGAGCUUGGUCUCGCCGAGACCCAUCAAACGCUCGUACUCAACGACCUCCGUGGUCGAGUUACGAUCCAGACCGAUGGCCAGAUCCGUACCGGCCGGGAUGUCGCGAUCGCGUGCUUGUUGGGUGCUGAAGAGUGGGGCUUCGCGACGACGCCUUUGGUGCGUGGGGAUCACCGACUUAAACUCGCACAUAGCCUUUCGGUGCUGACCUUGCGCUUGCUUACUUUCGAAUUCACAGAUCGCCAUGGGUUGCAUCAUGAUGAAGAAGGCAAGUGGAUCGACUGAGUAGGAUAAACCCUGCUUCAAGGCACUUGCUAACUGUUCGUUCCCCUUCACUACGUCAACAGUGCCACCUCAACACCUGCCCCGUCGGUAUCGCGACCCAGGACGAGCAGCUGCGCAAAAAGUUCUCCGGUCAACCCGAGCAUGUCGUCAACUUCCUGUACUACGUCGCCGAGGAGAUGCGAUCGUUUAUGGCCAAGCUCGGUUUCCGCACCAUCAACGAAAUGGUCGGUCGCUCCGACAUGCUCCGUGUCGACGAUAGCUUGCGCAACCCCAAGACAGCGAACCUCGACUUGUCGGCGCUGCUCAAGCCCGCCUGGCAAAUGCGCCCCGGUGUCGCGACCUUCAAGUCGCGCGCGCAGGAUCACAAGCUCUACAUCCGCCUCGACAACAAGUUCAUCGACGAGGCCGAGCCUGCCUUGCUCAAGGGCCUGCCCGUGCGCAUCGACUGCGACGUCGUCAACACCGACCGUGCACUCGGCACGACGCUCUCGAACCACGUCUCGAAGCGGUACGGUGAGGAGGGUCUACCCAAAGACACGAUCCACAUCUACGCCAAGGGCUCGGCCGGUCAAUCGCUCGGUGCUUUCCUCGCUCCCGGUAUCACGAUCGAGCUCGAGGGUGACUCGAACGACUACGUCGGCAAGGGUCUCUCCGGUGGUCGCUUGAUCGUCUACCCUCCCAAGGCCUCGCCUUUCAAGGCCGAGGAAAACGUCAUCGUCGGCAACACUUGCUUGUACGGUGCCACUUCGGGUCAGGCCUACUUCCGCGGUAUUGCCGCCGAGCGUUUCGCCGUCCGCAACUCGGGCGCGACUGCCGUCGUCGAAGGCUGCGGUGACCAUGGUUGCGAGUACAUGACCGGUGGUCGCGUCGUCAUUCUCGGUAUGACCGGCCGCAAUUUCGCCGCCGGUAUGUCCGGUGGUAUUGCUUACGUCUUUGACGGCGCCAAGGACUUCCGCGCCAAGGUCAAUAUGGAGAUGGUCGAGCUCGACACCGUCAACGACCCGCGUGAGAUCGCCGAGCUGCGUGGCAUGAUCGAGGACCACCAGCACUGGACGGGUUCGUUCUUUGCCGAGCGCGUACUCAAGAACUUCAACCAGUGGCUGCCUCGCUUCGUGCGCGUCAUGCCCCUCGACUACAAGGCCGUGCUCGAGGCCGAGGCCGCCAAGCAGGCGCAGGAGAAGGCCGCCAAGCACCCUCCUGUUGACAUCGUCAUCCCCGUCGCCGGUGUCCAGCCCGCUCACAAGUCCAACGAGCCCUCGGUCGUUGAUCUCGAGGACGCGAUGGUGGACGACACCACGGCCAAGAAGCGCGUCGAGCAGCUCGACAAGAUCCGCGGCUUCAUGAAGUACAAGCGCCUGACCGAGUCAUACCGCAACCCGCGCAAGCGUGUGCAGGAUUGGGCCGAGCUCUCGACCCGCCUCAGCGAGGACGAUUGCAAGCAGCAGACCGCACGUUGCAUGGAUUGCGGUGUCCCCUUCUGUCAGUCCGACAGUGGUUGCCCCAUCUCCAACUUGAUCCCCAAGUGGAACGACCUCGUUUUCAAGGGCCAGUGGAAGGAUGCGCUCGACCGGUUGCUCAUGACGAACAACUUCCCCGAGUUCACCGGUCGCGUUUGCCCCGCUCCUUGCGAGGGUGCUUGCGUGCUCGGCAUCAACGAGCAGCCCGUCGGCAUCAAGAGCAUCGAGUGCGCCAUCAUCGACAAGGGUUUCGAAAUGGGAUGGAUGAAGCCCCAGCCGCCCAAGGUCCGCACGGGCAAAUCGGUCGCCAUCAUCGGUUCCGGUGCCGCCGGUCUCGCCGCCGCCGAUCAGCUCAAUAAGGCCGGUCACUCGGUCACCGUCUACGAGCGUCAAGACCGAUGCGGUGGUCUGCUCACGUACGGUAUCCCCAACAUGAAGCUCGACAAGCGUGUCGUGCAACGCCGUCUCGACCUCAUGGCCGAGGAGGGUGUCAAGUUCGUCACCAAGGCCCACGUCGGUGUCACCCACAACAUUGACGAGAUCCGCUCGGCCAGCGACUCGCUCAUUGUCGCCACGGGUGCGACCUGGCCUCGUGACCUCAAGUUGCCGAACCGCAACCUCGACGGCAUCGACUUUGCCAUGACCUUCUUGUCGGCCAACACCAAGUCGCUGCUUGACUCGAACCUUGAGGAUGGCAACUACCUCUCGGCCAAGGGCAAGAAUGUCAUCGUCAUUGGUGGUGGUGACACGGGUAACGAUUGCAUCGGUACCUCCGUUCGUCACGGUGCGCUCAGCGUCACCAACUUUGAGUUGCUGCCCCAGCCCCCGCCAACGCGCGACCAGGCGUCGAACCCCUGGCCUCAGUUCCCUCGCACCUUCAAGGUCGACUACGGACACACCGAAGUCUCUUCCUUGUUCGGCUCGGACCCGCGUCAAUUCUCGAUCAGCACCAAGGAGUUCGUUUCGGACGGCAACGGCAAGGUCAAGGGUAUCAACACCGUUCGCGUUGCUUGGGAGAAGGACGCCUUCGGCGCAUGGAAGAUGGCCGAGAUUCCGGGCUCGGAGGAGUUCUUCCCCGCCGAUCUGUGAGUUGCACCGCGUGCUGCUUUUUCAGUUCAUCCACUUUUGCUGACGUAUCGACAUUCUCCUUCAUGCAGCGUUCUUCUCGCCCUUGGAUUCUUGGGUCCCGAGGAGGCUGCCAUCAAGGCGCUCGGCCUCGAGCAGGAUGCUCGAUCCAAUAUCAAGGCCGACUACGGCAAGUUCGCCACCAACGUCCCCGGCGUCUUCGCUGCUGGUGAUGCUCGUCGUGGUCAAUCUCUUAUUGUGUAAGCACUGGCUCUUCUCGCGCCUGUCUGGACCAGAGAACUGAUCUCGAGUCGUCCGUGUACAGCUGGGCUAUCGCUGAAGGCCGACGAUGCGCCGCCCAAGUUGACGAGUACUUGGUGGGCAACACCCGAUUGCCCGCCGCCGGAUCGAUUCCUGAGCGAUCCUUCAAGUCGAGGAAGCCGGCUGCGCCGGUCGCCAUCCAGGCCUAG